UCGAACUUCACAUAAACCAUAACAGAAGCGCGGUCCGUUCAGGUCGGAUAUUCACUCAUGCAUUGUCAGUAUUAACUAUUUUAAUUUAUCGGCUCAAAGCUAACGCUAACAACAUUCAGACAUGGCCGGUUUACCACCCGGAGACCCACAGCUGGUCUCAAUGAUCGUCAGUCAUUUAAAAACACAGGGUCUCUUCGACCAGUUCAGGAGGGACUGCCUGGCAGACGUUGACACAAAGCCAGCUUACCUGAACCUGAAACAAAGAGUGGACAACUUUGUCUCUAAUCACCUCUCUAACCACACAUGGAGCCCUCAUUUGAACAAGAAUCAGCUGAGAAACAACAUCAGACAACUGGUCCUCCAAUCUGGCAUGCUGGAGCAGGGAGUGGACAGGAUCGUGGCCCAGGUCGUGGAUCCCAAAAUCAACCACAUCUUCAGGCCGCAGGUGGAGAGGGUGGUGCGUGAAUUUCUGUCACCUGGCAGCUGCUCUGAGGAGCCGCCGGCCCCCCCACCUUCAACAGAGACCAAACCAGACAGCAGCAUUCUUGAGCAAGCCUCAUCCUCUGCUCCAGUUACCACUUCAGCCAGCGACGCCAUGUCCAUCCUGGACACAAUAACCUCCCUCAACCAGGAGGCCAGCGUCAGGGCCAGCUCAGGCACAGAUAAAGGACGCAAAGGCCAAGCUUCAGAUGAGUCCAUGCAGCUGGUGGAGGAGGGAGAGCAGGACAUGAGCGGUGUUGAGGAGGGAGACGGCCACUAUGACGGGAAGACACUGGAAGAGGCAGAGGAGCUGGCAUCAGAGGUCCAGGCGUUAGAGGUGAAGACAGAGGACACUCAGGAACAGAUGGGUCUGGGAAAAGAGGGUUUGAUAGAGGAGGUGAAGAUGGAAGAGGAGGAGCUGGGAGCUCAGGAGCUGACAGAGGAGGAGAAAGAUAAAGCUGCCAGCAAGACAACUGGAAAACCCACAGAGGAGAGGGAGGAUGAUGAUCUGCUGAAAUCUACAAGUCAGGCCAAGCAGAAAGCCAGAGAGAGGAUAAAGGAAGAAUACUUUUUGGAGGACUCAGACCUAGAGGGCCUGAGCGACAUCACCGUGAGCUCUGUCCACACCAGCGACCUGUCAUCAUUCGAAGAAGAAAGUGAAGAUGAGGAGCCUCUGUCUGAGUCCUCUGAAGAGGGGGAGCUUCCAGCAGAUGAUGACAGUGAGAGAACAGAAAGGAAACAAGGCAGCGGAGACGCGGGAGAAGAAGAACGCAAGCCUCGCCGCAAGGCCUACGUUCACAAGCCCUUCCUCUACUCCCGUUACUACAGCGACUCGGACGAUGAAAUCACUGUGGAGGAGCGUCGGAGAUCUGCGGCAAAGGACAAAGAGGAAAGGCUGCUCAAGAGACAACAGAACAGAGAGCGAAUGGAAGAGAAGCGUAAACAGAAAGCAGUGCAGGCUGAAGAACUAGAUCGCAAAAAACAAAAGAGUAGCGACUCCGCUGGGCUGGAGGGCCCCAGAGCCAAAGAAGCUCGCAAAGAAAAGAAAGUUCUGGAGAAAAAGAUGGCUCUCAGCAGGAAGCGGAAGCUAGACUCAAGGAAAGAGGGAGAUGCUUCAAGCAAAAAGAAAGGAGAUACCGAAGGAUCCAAGAAAGUGGAGGUGAAAUCUACAACCUCCAGGACUCCCCAGCCGAAACUGAUACGAAAUCUGUCAGAAUCAGCAUCGUCUGAUGAGAGGCACAGGAGGAUGAGCGGCAGCGUCUCAGAAGACUCCAGUGAAGCCAAAAAGCUGUCUGACAAAAGCAGGACACACUCGUUCAUCCUGGAGCUGGAGCAAGGUUCCCAAGAGGCUCUCAAACAACGUUCGUUUGGUAAAUUUGACAGGUCGUCCCGUAAAGAAUUUCACUCUAAAGAACGCAAAGAGAAAGAGCGCAGCUUGUCGGACGAACGGGCCAAGCUCAAACAAAGGCAGGAGAAAAAAUCCGAACAUCAGGCAGAUGAAUCUCAGCAGAAGGAAGGUGCUGCUGUUAAAGCGUCCUCUGAAGACAAAGGUGAGAAGAAGCCUAAGAUUAAAAGUGAGAAGAAAAUGGCAGGAACGACAAGAGACGGAAAGCUGCCAGUGUCAGAGGGCGUGGCAGACGAGGGUCCUAAAGAUGCUGCUGUCAAGAAGGCGAAAGCUCCAUUUACAGAGACUGUCAAAGCAGAGAAGGACAAAAUCAGGGAAAAGGAGAAAGAAAAGGAUAAGAGCAAAGAAAAGGAAAAGGUCAAAGGAGAGAAAACUUCAGCUAAAAGUGAUUUCAAGCAGCUGCUUCGCCCCGAUUCUGCCGGCUCUUCUGAGGAUCGUUCUGACAUGGAGCCCGGGUCCGACAGCAGCAAGAAGAAAGAUAAACACUCCAAGGAGGGCCUGAAAAGGUCAAGGAGCCACACUGAGGACAGGCCAGGAGACAAACCCAAAUCUAAAACGGACAGUAAAGACAGCGAGAAGGAAAAGACUAAAGCAGAUCAAGACGGCCAGAAAUCAAACAAGUCCAGCACUGAAACUGACAAAGACCCAAAGAGGGUGAAGCCAACAGAAAAAGGAAGAAUUGUGGAAAAAUCUAAAUCAAAAUCCAAAGAGGAGUCAAGGACUUUAUUGUUAUCAAAGACCGAUAAUAAAGUUCAGAGUUCAGAGGUUAAAAGUACAGCAAGUGCACCGGUCAGCAAACCUGAGACAACAAAGGAGAAGAAAAAAGAGGUGAACUUAAAGGAGCAGCGGAAAGUCUCAGAGGAACCUCUCCAGGAGAAGUCAGACAUCAAGAGUGCAAAGAAAAAACUGGAGAAGAAAGACAGAGUCCCUGAGAAGAGAGAAGAUAGCCAAGAAGAGAAGAAAGCACCCAGAGAAGACAAACUGGAAAAGUCUGAUAAAUCCUCAAAGUCUUCAGUUUCCUCACUGAGUCUGGACGCAGAGGAGCCGCCGAAGAAGCGCUCUCUUCUCCAGGACACGAGCACCGACUCCGACCCCGUCACCACCACCGUCACCACCUCCUUCUCAGACGACACCUGCGACGCUUUGAGCGACAUCACCCCAGAGCCGCCCGAGGGCGAGACGGAGUCGCGGCUCAGCGAGAUGCCAGCUGUGCCGGCCGAGGCCGACGCUCUCCUGACUCUCAUGGACGUCUGUACGUCGGCCGAGGCGAGACUUCCACCUGAGAGCAGACGAGAGGAUGUGACGCCUGACAUGACUCUGCAAGAUGCUGAUAUGAAGAUGAAAGAAGCAGCUCUCGCUCUGCUCUCCAUGGAUCCUGACAGCACAGUGUCCUCCAGCUUAAUUUGCCAAGACACGAGGGAAGAAGCGGAAGUGAAUCAACCAAUGGAAACCGCUACGGCUGAACAAGAAGAGCAGCAUCCUCCGAUGGACGUGCUAACAGCUGCUGAACCUGAGCUCACAGCCCCCGAGCCGUCACCAGUUGCAUCUCAGCAAACUGUUGAAGUUGUUGUAGAAAAACCAAACACUGCAGAUGUGUCUGAAACUUCAGAGGCUGAAACGGAUGUGGCAGGGGUUGAAAUUCCUCAAUCUGUUGCUCCACAGGAGGAUGACACCACCUCAAAUGAAUGUCAGAAUCCUUUCAAUGAAGAUGAAGCCGAAGGUGCAGAAAUUGCUCCUGCAACACAGCCAGUUGCUGAUGCUGUUGUGUGUGAACAAGAAGAGGUCAGAGAAGCCCCUGAGGGAAGCACAGUCGCAGUUGUUUCUGCUGCCGCUGAACAAGCCACAGAAACGUCCAGUCAACAAGAGCAAACUGAGCCUGACGUCGCACACACAAACACAAACCCCAAGGCAGAGGAGGUGGUAGCUGAGGACAGCGAGUCCAGGAUGGAUGUAGAUAACAGUGAAGCCGAGAGUAAGAUGAUGGAGGAGGAAAAUGUGGCAGCAGAGAAGAGUGAUCCACAAACAGUGGAACACGGUGCUCUGGAGAAGACUGAAGAGAUCAGAGAAAGUGAAGCUGAGAGUCAGUCCAAACUGGUCAAACAAAUCAGUAAUGUCUCCAGCGCAGACAGCCAGGACGAGGAGAAGGGAUCCGACCUGUCAGAAAAGGAAGAAAAGACGGAGGGAAGAGGAAGACGUAAACGAAAGCUGUCCAGUCAGAAAGCGAAAGAAUCUGGUGAUGAGAGGGAUGAAAAGGAAUGUAAAGAGCAACAAUCUACUGAGGAAGCAGUUCAGGAGACGGUUGUGGAAGUCGGAACACCAUGCAAGGAUCAAUCAUCCAGAACCAGCGAGGAGGAAGAGAAGAACCAACCUCAAGAACCGGAGAACAUGGAGGAGACUCCGAGCCACGGGGGAAGACUCUCAGCAGCUGCAGCCAACGAAGCUGCUGCUGAUGCUCAGAAGAAGGAUGAGAAUGAAGACGAGGAGAGCGCCGAUGAAACCUCAUCAAGAAAACCAGCCGAGAGCGAAGAGAGAACUGAGGAAGAAAGUGGGCCAAAGAAAAUUGAACAGCAAGGAAUCCAAGUGAAUCCACCGUCUCCUCUUGCAGAAGACACUGCAGCUGCAGGAAGCUGCGACUCCAAAGAGACCACUGACCCCUGUAAACCAGCAGUGAAGAGGAAGAGGUCAGAGGAAAAAGAGGAAUCGGUGGAGGAAACCCAGGCUGAAGAGGAGGUAAAGACGGACAACAGUCAACAGGAAGAGAGCGAGCUACAACCAGAAAAAGACAGUGGUGGCUCCCCUUCAGUGAGUCAGGCAGAGGGUCAAGAGGAGGUCAAAGAGGAGAUCUGCAGCGAGAAGAAACCAGAGGAUGUUGAAGAGGAGGAACCUCAAGAGGAACUGGAGACGACACCAAAGAGACCCGGUCGGAGGGGACGGCCGCCGAAGGCAGCGGCAGCCACAGAGGAUCCAGAUAAAAAGGACAAAAAGGCAGAAGAAAAAGAAAGUGAGCAGAAUGAUGAAGAGGAGGAGGAGGACGAGGAGGAUGGUGAGAAAGAGGAGGAGGAAAAAGGAACUGCGACCAGAGCGACCACACGCUCCGCCUCUCGCCUGGAGGCUGAAAGGAACAAGCCAAGCAAACCAUCCACCCGGGCAAGUCGACAGAACGGUAAAGAGGAGACCGCAGCUGGCACACGUGGGACGAGGGGCCAGGCAGCGGCGGCGGCGAAGGGGGGCCGUAAACGGGAGGCCAGCCCCCCUGCGGCGCGAACGCGGGGAGGACAGAAAUCGGAGGAGCCCCCUUCCAAGAGAGCCAAACGCUAAAAUCUCUGACGGCGGUGGACUGGUUUGCCCCAGCAGUGUUUUCUCUGCUCUCCAUAUCCAAGUCAGUGUUGUUGUCGGGGGCUCUGCAGUCAGUUAGCACGUAAAGCUGCCUCUGCUUCAUUGACUGCAGAUAUUGAAAAGCUCUGGAUAGUAUUAUACACUCUCCUCUGAUAGCUGAGUGUAAACCUGAGGAUCUGUGCAGGAAUCCCCCCAGAAUACCUUCUACUGCACUACGCCCAUAUGGUUUGGAUCAGACUUCAUCAUUCCUCCGUUUAUUCAGUAAUGCCCAGUGAACCACAGUAUUUCAGGCCAAUCAAGGGCCUAAUGUGCAGCCGAGUCGCUUUGAGAUAAAGAGGGUGAAUUGAAAUUAGGCCAGAGUGCGUCUCAGCUCCUGUUUCACCUCGAAAGACAAAACCGUCACACAUUCAAAUGUUAUCUGCUGAUUUGUAAAUCCAAACACUUGUACAUAGAAAUCACUGUGAAGUGUGUGGCGUUCAUUAGGAAUUUUAUUGUUUAAUAUUCAUUCUGUGAAUGACAGGAGGAGUUUUCCACUUAUUUUAAGUUUUUGUUUUUCUACUUAAUAUUCAGAUAAGGGAGGUUUUGGGGUUUUUUUGUAGUUUUUGAUUGAAGUAAUGGCAGUAUUAGUCACAGACAGGAAAAUGAACAUACUCUAUAACAACAUAACAUAACAACCGUCGCUGCAAACAAAGAACCGUUUCUUACCGUCUAAAUGGAGGAACUCCAGUCAGUUGCAUUGUUUUAGCGUUAACUGUGUACCAAUAUAAUGCCGCUGGAAAUCUUGUCUUCCUGUAAAUGUAAAGUUCUGUUUCAUAAAUGUAAAAAUACUGAAUAUUGCUUCCCUUUUUCAUUGUAUAAAUCAAUGAAUUUUCAACCAAUGAAUUGUGUUAUUCACUGCAUAAAUCACUUCAGGUUCUUUUUAAACAGAUGUAGUUGAACAC